UCUCCACUUAUCCUUUCUAUUUUUGUAGCAGCUACACAGAAAUGCCAUAAUAUUGCUGUCAUUACAAGAACAGAAGAACUUCUUAAAGAAAGAGCUCUCUUCUAAGGUGGAGAACUAUAAUACUUAUCAAAUGCUUCAGAGCUGGAAGAACAGCUGUCUGGAAAUACUGUUUCUCAGUCAUUAAAGUCAAUAUUUUGCACUGUUAUAGUUUAGGGAAAUAUUUUUUAUUAAAGGAAGUUAUUUUUUCCCCAGACUGUAAGUUUGUGAAAGCUGGACUUAAGGUGGUUUCUCCUUUUGUUUAGCUUUGUUUCCUUUCAGGCCAGGAUAAUUAUUUUGAGAGUUAAACUGAGACUGUCUUGCAAUGUCAGCUGUGAUAAUUGAACUGGAUAAACUGUCUUCAGACGAGAUUGAGAGCAAAAAGGAUUCCAAGUCAGAUUUUAAGGAAGGCAAAUUCAGUGAACUAUAUGCCGAUUCUCACAGUUUUCAACUUCACUGCUCACAUUCUGCACCAGCUGGCAUGAAUACAAGCAAGAGUGAGACAGUGAAAGAGCAUCCAUUAAAACCUUCUAGAAGAUCUAUGCCAUGCUUAGCCCAGAGCCAAACACAUCCUCAGAGUCUGACCAAACAUUCGUCAUUUCUACAGCCAAACCGGGUGCAGCCACAGCCUCGGCCUCAGCCUCUGAGUGCGGGGACAUCUACAGCUACAGUGGAUGUAGUAUCAGAGCGAGCUAAAGCGAUGGAGACUUUGGAAAACAACUUGCUCAAACUGUCUGAUACAGAAUACAGUAAUCCAUUUUUAGACAUAGGAAAGGACAAAGACACAUACACAGAUGAUUCAGAACAUGGGAAUUACGAUACUCGUACAGAUCAGUCAUUGCUUAUUCAAAGCAAGCUUACCAGACAGAAAACAGAACCUCGGACUAAAUCAUCUGUAAAGACCGAAAUGAAUGCCAUGGCAUCAUCAGGGCUCUUCUUCAAAGAUGGCAAAAAACGCAUUGAUUACAUCUUGGUCUACAAAAAGUCAAGUCCACAGGUAGAAAAAAGAAGCACAUUUGAGAAGAAUUUGAGAGCAGAAGGCUUGAUGUUAGAACGAGAGCCAGCUGUUACAAGCAGCGAUAUCAUGUUUGUUAAAAUUCACUGUCCAUGGGAGACGUUGUGCAAAUAUGCAGAAAGAAUGAACAUCAGGAUGCCUUUCAGGAAAAAAUGUUAUUACACUGACUGGAGGAGCAAAACCAUGGGCAGUUUGCAGAGGAAUAUGAGAGAGCUGAAAAGUUGGUUGCCCAGAAAUCCAAUGAAGCUUGAUAAGGAGGCCCUACCUGAUCUCGAGGAAACAGAUUGCUACACAGCACCCUUUAGCCGUGCACGCAUACACCAUUUUACAAUAAACAAUAAAGACAGCUUCUUCAGCAACUCCACAAGAAGUAGAAUAGUGCAUCAUAUGCUACAGAGAACAAAGUAUGAAGAUGGAAAAUCCAAAAUGGGUAUUAAUAGAUUACUAAAUAAUGGAACAUAUGAAGCAGCAUUUCCACCACAUGAGGGAAGCCACAAAAGCAGGCAUCCCAUCAAAACACACGGAGCUCAGAAUCACAGACACCUAUUAUAUGAGCGUUGGGCACGGUGGGGAAUGUGGUACAAAUACCAACCUCUGGAUUUAAUCAGGCGAUAUUUUGGUGAAAAAAUUGGACUAUAUUGCGCCCUUGUUGGGCUGUUUUUUUUCCUUUAUGGAUUGUUUACGAUGGAUUCCAGCCAAGUAAGCAAAGAGAUCUGCGAGGCAAAUGAAACCAUCAUGUGCCCUAUGUGUGAGCGCAAUUGCACGCUACAGAAACUCAAUGAAAGCUGCAUAUAUGCCAAGGUUACACAUUUGUUUGAUAAUGGAGGGACUGUCUUCUUUGCUAUUUUCAUGGCAAUUUGGGCUACGGUCUUCCUAGAGUUUUGGAAAAGGCGGAGAGCUGUAUUAACCUAUGACUGGGACCUCAUAGACUGGGAAGAUGAAGAGGAAGAACUGCGCCCUCAGUUUGAAGCUAAAUAUUCCCAAGUGGAAAGAGUAAAUCCGAUCACAGGAAAACCUGAACCUUUUCAGCCUUUCCCUGAUAAGCUCAGUCGACUGAUGGUGUCUGUCUCAGGAAUAUUCUUCAUGAUUUCACUGGUACUCACUGCAGUAUUUGCAGUUGUGGUGUAUCGUCUGGUAGCUAUGGAACAAUUUGCGUCUUUCAAGUGGUAUUUCAUCAAAAAGUAUUGGCAGUUUGCAACAUCUGGCACUGGAGUCUGUAUCAAUUUUAUGAUCAUCAUGUCACUCAAUGUGGUAUAUGAAAAGGUUGCCUAUCUGCUGACAGAUUUAGAGCACCCUCGAACAGAAUCAGAGUGGGAAAACAGCUUUGCUUUGAAAAUGUUCCUCUUCCAGUUUGUCAACUUGAACAGCUCUAUCUUUUAUAUUGCUUUUUUCCUUGGCAGAUUUGCAGGCCGCCCCGGAAAGUACAACAAGCUUUUUAACAGAUGGAGACUGGAAGAGUGUCAUCCUAGUGGCUGCUUGAUAGAUCUGUGUUUGCAAAUGGGAGUUAUAAUGGUUUUAAAACAAAUGUGGAACAACUUCAUGGAACUAGGCUAUCCAUUACUACAGAAUUGGUGGUCACGACGCAAAAUGAAGAGAGGAGGGCAAUUAAUGGAACAUAAAAUUUCUCUGCCUCAGUGGGAAAAAGAUUGGAAUCUGCAGCCUAUGAAUCUCCAUGGCUUAAUGGAUGAAUACUUAGAGAUGGUUUUACAGUUUGGCUUUACCACCAUCUUUGUUGCUGCUUUCCCACUGGCACCUCUCCUGGCGUUGCUUAACAAUAUCAUAGAAAUAAGGUUAGACGCAUACAAAUUUGUCACUCAGUGGCGGAGACCUAUGCCUGCAAGAGCAACAGAUAUAGGUAUCUGGUAUGGCAUUCUGGAAGGAAUUGGAGUUCUAGCUGUCAUCACCAAUGCCUUUGUUAUUGCUAUUACUUCAGAUUACAUUCCACGUUUUGUCUAUGCAUACAAAUAUGGCCCCUGCACAGAUCAAGGAUACAGACAAGAAAAAUGCUUGAAAGGAUAUGUCAACAGCAGUUUAUCGGUAUUUGAUCUGAGUGAGCUUGGGAUGGGAUACUCAGGAUAUUGCCGGUAUAGAGAUUAUAGAGCCCCACCAUGGAGUUCGACUCCAUAUGAAUUCACUUUGCAGUUCUGGCAUGUCCUGGCAGCACGGCUGGCUUUCAUUAUAGUAUUCGAGCAUCUUGUUUUUGGAAUAAAGUCUUUCAUUGCCUACCUGAUUCCAGACAUGCCCAAAGACUUGUGUGACAGAAUGAGGAGAGAGAAGUACUUAGUCCAGGAAAUGAUGUAUGAAGCUGAACUGGAGCAUUUGCAGAGAGAGCGGAAGAAGAAUGGGAAACAGUAUCACCAUGAAUGGCCUUAGUUGAUACUGUGCUGCAACAAAAACACUGGAAUUGAAGAGUGCAGUUACAAAACAAGGUCAGCAUCUGGCACGAGUGUAUGAGAUUCACAGUGUAUAUAUGUUCUUGAUGGGCAGUACCGCUGCAAGCUUUGGUUGGGAACUGGAAAAUAGAUGCUUCCAAUGAAUAGCCUUAUCUGUCACUGGCUGGUGGUGAGCACCAAGGACAAGAUCGGCACUGAAGACUGUGGAGACAGAUCCAAAAUUUGAACGCUGAUUUAGAAAAGGCAAUGAAUGUUCAUGCUAUUCAUGAAGAUACUAACAGCUUAAUGAAAAUAAAAUAUUACCUGUAAGCUUAUACAGUAAGGGCAUGACUAAAAACAACUCAUGUGAUAUCCACUAUUUCUACAGCUUCUAAUUGCUCAGCUGCAUCUGUAAUGCCUCUGAAGAAAAGAGCAAUUGUUGCCUUUGUGGCCAUAACUUGAUAUAAAUGAUCUUUCAGGCUUACUGUUUUGUCAGGUUUGUCCUAGUCUCAUGUUGAGAUUGUGGAUGUGGUCCUACCCUAACAAGGGGGUAUAUGGCUGCUUAAUAUAUACUAUGCAGUUUAAGAUUUGCACACCAAUUUCAUUAAUUUACCUUUCUAGUUGAAAACCAAAAAUUCUAAAUUCAAAGAGAAAAGAGCAGCACCAAGAGCACGUUGCAUUGCCCACUUGCAGCUAUAUUUGAAAAUGACAUGGCUAUUGAAUUGUCUUUUCAGUUUUAUAUGCAGAAAGGCCACCUCCACACACCUCCAGAAUGAAACAGUCAUUUUCAUGCUCUGAUGCAGCAUGCCAAUGUCUAACUGUGUUACUGUUCUCUCUGGUCUCUCUGGGCAAUGAUUCUAUGACUUCACAGAGUGUAACCUUGAAAUAUUCUAAUACACAGCAAAUGACUUCAUUCUGAAUACACAAAUAACUAUUUAUAUUAUGCGAGCUUAUGCGGAUAUGUAUCAGACAUACACUAUCACAUUGUGACCUUCUUGUUCAGGGAAGGAAAAGUAGAGCACUUUAUAACAAUGCUCUUCUUAUUGUAAUAGUAAAUGUUCCAGUAAUGUGCACUUCUGUUAUUGGGGUAAACAAGUCAAAGCAUGGGAAUUAGAUACAUGCAGCUGUGUAUACAGAUUGUAUGUAAAUGCAUACACAGGCAGUGGAUACUUUUAGGUUUUUUUUUAUUAUUAUUUUUGUGCCUUCUUACAAUUUUGGGGGGCUUUUUGGAUAAAAUCACUAAAAGUAGAAGUUCACGUAAAUAAUCGAAUUUCAGUUUUUAUGUGCAUACAGCCUAAGGCAGCGUUGCUUAUGGUAAUAGUCACAUUUUGGUGAUUAAAUUGUCUAUUAAUAAUGUUUCAUAAUGUGGGAAAAGAAGCACUUAAUUUAAACAAUUUAAACAAGUGAGCAGGAUUCACUUGCAGAGAAGAGGGUGUGAGGACAAAGUUACAAUCAUUCUGUUUCUCUUGUACAGUUGAUUUUUUUUUUAUUUAUAUUAGAUGAGAAAAAUUUUAAAAACAAAGAUGCAACAAAGCACAAUAACUGUAAUAAAUGCAAAUGUUAGCAUCAGUUUUAGUGAUAAAGCUGCAGGGAAACCACUGAUGACAGAUAAGAAAAGACCUGAAGUUUUAUUUCUUAAGAUACCCUAUUUAGCCAAAAAGUGUGAUUGCAGUAUUCACUUCCAUAUAUUUGAAAAAUUAAUUUAUUUUAUUAUCUCAUAUAAAAUUAAUUUUAAGAGUCAAGAGCCCAUUAAAUUGGAUGAACGAGAUCUAUCGUGUCUGGGGGAGGCCUAGCAUCAGACCUGAAGUUCUUUAGUGAGUUUACCAUAUUCAUGAGAUUUCUUGGUUAAUUCCAGUUCUUUGUGACCAAGCAAGGUAACUGUAGGAGUAUCUAUAGUAUUGCACAAAGGAGGAAAGAAGCUGGAAGCUAUGGUCUAAUCAGCUGUAUUGGCCAUUAGCUCUAUGACAAGGGGCUGGUGGAAUUCAGCUUUCUGUAUUUUGGAAAGGCUGUUUUUUCCUUUCAGUUAUGUUUGCAUUUUCAGUUCCUUGGGAUUCCUUUUCAGAAAUAAUUAAAUCAUUCUAUCCAGUGCUUAUAUAAUCACAUUAUUUGAUUUAAUUUAUUCCUUCACUGUUUAUGCUGUAGAAUAUCAAGCUCCAUUUGACAGCAUUAACUAUGUGUCACAGGUUCCAUUUCCGUGCCGAAUAAUAAUAGUACUUCAGUUUUUCAUAAAGUCACAGAUGAGCUGUCUUUUUAAUGUUUUCUUUAAAAAAAAAAAAAUGCCUUGGCUGGCCCAAGGUAUAAAGAUUUAGCAUAAAAUUAGGCAAAAAUAGGAAAUGCUGAUUAAUUGUUUUGUAUUUUCUUCUUUCUGCUGUGGGUAUUGGCACAUGUCAAUAUAAAGUUAGCAAAAUCCCAGAUGGACUUUAACAAUGCAUAUGGAAGAAAACCUUUUUGUAUUUGAGUAUGGUUUGGGAUUUAAAUAUUUAUAUUCUUAAUGAUUUUCAGCAUAUAAAAGUAUAUUAAAGGCAGGUAUGUAGAUCUGACAUUGUUCAGUUUAUGCACUGGGAAAGCACAAGAAGUUUUGGAGAAUACCUGUGCGUGUUCUUUUGUUUCUGGAGGAUGUCAGCAUUGUCUAAAGUUUUGCCACUAGCCGUUUGCUUAAGCUGAGAAAACUUUUUGCUAGACUUCAUUUUGCGUGGUGUUUGCAUUGACUGCACGUUAUUUUACUAAAGUAUAAGGUACACACUGUCCUCAGGAAUAACGUAAUUUAUGAAUGGUGAAUGAUCUUUUCAUAUUCUAAGUAUUGUCUUUCCAAAAAAAUGACCAGUAUGAAUAGAUUGUGCAUGCAAGCUGCAUUUGUGAAAACUGACAAAGCUACAUAACAUAGAGUUUGUGCAAAAUUGCUUUAGAUCAUUGCUGAUCUAAUCUGUGACAACUUUGCUCUAUGCAUGCGCCCUUAGAGAGACUGCAUGAGCAAGUACAUAUUUUUAAAUACAGAAGAUUAAUCCAAAAUGUCUUAAUUAUUCCUAACCAAAUUCAAUGGCUUGAUUCAGUCAAAAAAACCUGUAUUUCAAAAAUAGUGGAAAAUCCACAUACGUUAUACACAUCUCAUUUUCAAUUACUUUUCAUCUAAAUUUGUGCCUGACGUGUGAGCUCUGAAUUGUGGUGAAUGAAAAAGUAAAAAAAGGCAUCAAAGAGGAAUGGCUCCAAAGAGUUCUGCUUCAUGAGACCUCCUAAGGCGUCGUUCCCUCCUACAGCUGAGAGCCUCUGUCUAGUUGGAGAGAGGCAGGAAGAGCUCAGUGUGCACGCCAGAGUGCCAACAGGAUUGCCUGAAGAUUGAGUAAAACCCCCCGUUUAGUAUCCUCUAGUUCAAAGUUUUUACCAGUAAAACAUCACGGUGACUGGCAUCCUGCUAGAGUGCUAAGAUUUGAAAACAAGGCACGCUGUGUUGUGGCCAUUUUUUUUUCUUUUUCUUUCCUACCCCUUGUUGCUAAAUGUUUCAUAGAGAAAAUUGGGACUAACAUUAAAGUUAAUACUGAUGACCCCCAAGGCUAAAGUUUCCAUAGUGAUGAUAGGCCAUAAGUGUUAUUUCUUUAAAGUACAUGUCUUCCUUACCACAAAACAGACACAUCGCUUGUUACUGUGCCCUUUUCUGACAGCAACUUGUCUUAAAUUUUGUUGUGAGGAUCAUUUAGGCUCGAAUGUGCCCUGCUGAAGACUCAAAGAAAAAUAUCCAAAGGAGUUGGUAAAAAUAAGCUACAUAAAGGUUAAUGCAUAAAUCCAUAAAGUUUGUAAGGUUUCCUUCAUGAAGUGUUCUGCAGAAUGGAAAAUCUUGGGAAAUAUAGCCGUAGAGGGAAUUUGGUUUGGGGAAGUGUGAGAAAUUUGGUGAGAUUUUAUUCUGAAUGUGUCAUUAAGAUGAUCAAUCUAAUAUAAGAUCUAUAAGGUUGGGGCAUUUGAAAUUUCCUUGCUGUGACUUUUCGCACUGCAAAUUCCGAUUACUAAUGCUGCCAGAGAGAAUUUCUGGAGCUUUGGGAUCCGUUAACGUUUGCCUGUGAAUUGGUUAUACUGCACCGUGGGAUUAAUUAAUAUUUUGAAUUAUGCCACAGUUCAGUGGUAAUUGGUAUAUACAUAUUAAGAAACAUCAUAUCAUUUUUGAUUGCCUGAAAAUGAUCCAUGUCCACACAAUGAAAAAUUAUAACUAUUGUUAUAUAGUUAACUUCCAACUUUCAUAAUUUUCAUUAAAACUAUUACAGAUUACAGUUUUUAUAUUCACUGGGCAGUGGUCGUAUAAAUAAAAUUUAUUUUAUAUAAAUAGCUGAAUAUGAGGGCAAUAAAGUUAAUUGAAGAUCAAUCAAUCACAUUUUCUAUUUAUUGUUCAUAGUAGAAAAGGGUUUGAGACAAAAAUAAUGCUAUCAAUGGUCACUUAAAAUACAGUAGUACUUCCAAAAGCAUUUUUUUUUUUUUGUAAUCAUGAAAAAAUACUAAUGUUGAUCGUUGGGAGGUAAAAGUUGAAACAAAUAUACAGCCAUCCUUUCAUAACAGAGUUGGUUUGAUGUUACAGCACCAGAAUUCAAACAAAAUUCCAUAUUUAGACUGACUUUUGUGCUGAGAAAGAUUAAAUAAAUUGUUAGUUUCGGUGCAUAGUUUGUCUGACUUCAGUGAGUGCAGUGACACGUUUUAAAAGUGUCUUUCUUGCAAGCCUAUAUUCCUGUGGUGGAAAAUUUGGCAGCUUUAAAAUAUCCCUCUAUCUCUUUGUACCUCAGCCUCAUACUAGCGGAGCGUUUUGCUAGGGUGAAGUGUAACAAACCACCCUUUUGAGACUCGCUAGGAGCAGAGGAAGGAAGCAAAGGCUGCCCGUUCACUUCUGUGGGUUUUGGCCUCAACUCUGCAUUGGCUCUGCAAAACAAACGGAGGGUGACAGCCUUCGUUCUCCUUGCUCUCUUCUCCUCUAGUUCGUUCUCGCUUUUCCCCAGUAUUAAACGAUGCCUUCUGGCCGACUGUCCCAUUUCCAGAGCAACUACCUGACUAAAACUGUUUGAAUACAGGCUCUUUUGUGGAUGGCCCUAGCCAGGCAGCCAAAGCAGAGAAAGUGCACAAAUACUAGUCGAUCUGGUGCUUUUUCCAGGUCUGCCUGCACAGGGCAGAGGGGGGUGAGGAGCCCCGAGGUGCGUCAGCGUGUGCCAUUGGGCCACCGGUGCCACAGCUGCCCCUUUGGCCACUUUCCCAAGCACUAAAUUUUGUACUGCAUAUGUCCCUCCCUGCACUCAGGCACACACGCACUCUAGUGUCGUCCUAAAGACCCUGAGCCAUCCUAAGAUUGACUUCAUUUUUACAUUUGUAUGAAUAGACUUGUGUUGAAAAUUUUUCUCUUAAUAUUGACGUAGCAGCCACAUUUUCUAGAAAUUUGUAUUGGCAUGAUUUUGGCAUAGUCAGGAUAGCACAAUGUUACCACAAGAGCACAGAGUUAUCGUUAACAGCACAAUAAGGGACUGUAGAGAAAGCACUUUGCUAUUCCAUAUUAUACAGGAACAUUUUUAACGCAGGUCUGGGAUUUAGUCUUGAAAUGUUAGUGGUACAUUCCCUCCUCACUGCACUGAAAAUUAUCUUGUGUUAUUUCCAUUGGCUUGUUCGACCUUUUUGCCGUAGCCUCGAUAAUGUUAUACGUUCUCUGUGGUUUGCAUUCGUAUUGCCGUGAAUCAGUUGUUAGGGUGCUAAUAGACAAGAAAUUAGCAUCAAACCCAACGCAGUCUACAGCUAAUGAGAUUUUAAUCACUGGGAACGUGGUGAGUUUUCUGUUGAAAAUAGAAAAAAAAAUUCAAUCACCUUUUUAUUUUGUGUUCUAUUUAGAUGAAUGAGAAUUUUGUAUUGAAAAAUCUACCAAACUGUUUACUCUGAUUUUUACCUAGAUUAGUGUCACUGAAAUUUCAAGUGUUUGAAAUAAUCUCAUGUAAAAUCUAACUAAAUAACAUACUUCAGUCAUUUUUACUCUGAUGGUCCUGGCUAACUUGCAAUAUCAUGAUCGUAAGAGAUUUCUUAAGAUGUGUAUAUAUUUGAAGUUUAUGUAAUAUUUAAAUACAACUUGAUUUCUAAGUAAGGAAUUAGAAUAAAAUUUCAACUAUUUUUUCUAUUCAUAAAUCCAAAUUUUGUAAGUAAUGUUUGAAAUGAGAUUGCAAUACUUACCACAAAAUAUUUCAGAAAAAUUGACUUUUAUGCGCUACAUGCUAGAAGUUCCUCUGGCCUGUCAGCUCUCGCUUUCUCUUGUGUUUUAGGAUUACUUUUAUCCCGAUAUGUACCCCAGAAUUAAAAGAAUACACUGAGGAAACUGUUGAUCUGAUUAAUUAUUGUAAGACACUUUUGGCAUAAAUUUGUCUUUGAGAUGCUGUUUACUUUAUCAAGGUUUACAUGUACAAAUGCAACUACUUACUGUAUCAUACACAUUUGAAUAUUGCAUUUUUCAGUAAUAAACUUGGAUAUCUUUGAA